UGUUGUCAUCAAAACAAUGAUUUGUCAAGUGGAUGCGAUAAAAUUUUGUUACUUUGACCAGUUAAUUAGGGAUCACGACAGGUUUUACACGUGUAAAGAUGGACACUCUGGUCAAGUUAAAUAGCCAAGCCGCUGGGAGAGAUAAAAUCGCCAGGUUACUUCAGUAUUUGAGCAGGGUUUUAUGGCAUAGAUUACAACACAGCAAUAAAGAUCGAGUGAAUGCGUUCAAGAAUUUAGAGUUUCAAUUAAGCACAUUUAGAAAGUUGCUCAGAUUUGGAAAAUGUAUCGACACCAUAUAUUCCACUCUUCCAUUACUGGAUCAUCCUGACGCAACAGUGAAACACACUCUUAUCUUGAGCAAAAUUGCCCUGUCAUUGUUUUUAUUGGGCGACCAUCUGUUGUGGUUGGGCCGAGCGGAUCUCUGCAGCAUUAACACACAAAAAUGGAGUCGAAUGGCAAACAAGUAUUGGUUGUACUCUAUUACAAUGAAUUUAGUUAGGGACUUUUAUGAAAUAUCGUGUGUUAUUAGAGCACAAAAACAAUCUAUUGUACCUGAUCAUGGUAUUCAAAGUAUUAAUGAUCUUUGUAAGAUUUUUACUCGCACCCUGGUGGUGCUUCAGAGUAAUAGAAGUGUUAUGAUUGACACUGUUAAAAAUGGGUGUGAUUUUUUCAUACCGUUGACCGCACUGGGGCAUGUGAAUCUAUCAUCUGGUACUAUAGGGUGGCUGGGUGUUGUAUCCUCUGUUGCUGGUCUUUUGGUUCUUAUAGAACCGAAAAUGAAAUUGUCUCCAGCUUAAUUAUUAUUUUUAUAUGUUGGGGUUGGGGGUUAUAUGGGAAUAUUUGGAUUGACUUGUGAUUAUAUUUUUAUAAAACGGUCAUUGGUUGUCAAUGUUGGGAACAAAUCAGGCUUUAAUUAGUUUAUAAUUACUUCAACAAUCAUUUUACAGGAUGUCUUACACAAUUUGUUUUAAUAAGGCAAUAAGCGGAUUUUUUUUUCUAAAGUGAGAUUUUUAGUAUCUAUAUCUAUGUAAUAUAAUAAUUUUAUAUUGAAAUGAAAAAAAAAAUCAAAUCGAUUGUACCAAUUGCGUCCAUUUAAUUAUAAUUAAUUAAUUAAUUAAAAAUUUCAUCACAUCCAUUGUAGAGGAAAGUGUGCCUGUCAAUUUUUUGGUGGUACUACUGCCCUCAAUUUGACGUAAAUCAAAAUCAACAUAACCUUUAACGCAUCACUUUUUGACUAGAUGUUGACAUUGUUUGGAAUUUCUGUAGUGGAUUAUUUAAAUCAUGUAUUUUAAAAUAUUUGUUUUCGAAAUACCUUAUGGAUUUAAUAUACACAUAUAAACACAUACAUGUACAUUUAGACUUUUUCAUAGAUGAUUUGGUGAUGUUAUCCUUGGUGAUACUUUUGUUGUUUACGCAUUACACAACGUUUUCUACCGAAUAAAUAUUUAAUUACCUAACGCAAUGUCAAAAGUUUAUCAUUGAAAUUAAAUUUUAUAUAACGAUAAUUUUUCUCUCCAUAACUCCUCCUUGUUGUUAUUUGUACAAAAAGGUAUAAACUGCCAAAGUAUUGUUAAGUCUUUUAUAUUUAUGUCCGAGUGUAUUCAAAUUUUAGUACAUUUUAGCCCUUAAUGUGUCUAUUCAUAAAUAUGAACGGUUUUAGAAGAUUCUCGGUUGUGUGAAUAAACGCAUUUUUAACAUAACACUAAAACUAUUUACCUACUUUAUGCCGUGUACGUCAUUUGAAAAUACGUGGUUUGAAAAUUUUGAAAGUGUAAGUGAUUCAAAUAAUAAUAAUAUGGUGUUCCAGUUCAAAAUUAAACUGGGAGUCAAGAAAAAGCCCGCGAAAAACAAAAAUAUUUUUACGCUAUAGUCAACCAACUAUACGACAAGCACUCAUUCCAAUCAUAAUGUCAUCAUACCAUGAAAUCUUUACGACGAAAUUCAACCGGGCGCGCUACCCCUACCAGUGAGAGGGUUGACAUAAAAGGGUGAAAGAACUGUGCGGAUGAUCAGCAGUUUUUAGUUGCCUUUACGUUGGAAAUGGUAUGUAAAAUUUUGUUUGUUUGACCUUAAUCAGAGAAUAAUUAUUUCAUAGUAACUUUGUUAUUGAACAAAUAAUUACCACUUCGUUUAAAUUAAACUAAAUUAGUCACAAAGUCUCGACGAGAAACGCUAAAUUAAAGCAUCAAUUCUUGAGUGCAAGAAUUUUCGAAAGUUGUAAACAUUUAAGUUGAUCGUUAAUAGUGAAUUUAUUCUUGUAUUGUUCACAAAUAUUUGUGUUUUGUUUUGUAGUAUGAAUUUUGAGAACAUGCUUUAAUUUUGUUUUACAUGUUGUUGUACAUUUAGCCCAUCACGAUAAAGAAUAUAAGAUUUAAACGUAUCAGGAUGAAUGCACAGAAGAGAUUAACGAAUGACGAACUAAAUUUAAAAGUUCCUUGUCAUUUUAUGUUGGUUUCUACUUUUCUACCCCAAAUCAUUAAUCCAUUAAUACGUCACUAUACCAGUAUAAUAACUUGGUUACUAACAUCUUUUACAAUUUCACAGUUUUUCCUUCUCUGAAGAAAAACUACAUUUUUAUCCUAUUUACAAUAAAAUUUACCAAAAAUUUUCCCACUAUAUUUGGAUUUUGCGUGCCAAUAUAUUCUGUCAUUUUAAAACACUCCUGGCUAAAUUUUGAAUUUUUUUUUGGGUUACAUGAUUUCUGUGCUCACAUAUCCAUUUUCGUCGAAUUUUGAAUUUUUUCAAUAAUCCGACUGAUUUCCAAGAGACAAUAUUAUCUUAAUACGACAUAUAUAUCAAAAUAGAAUACCGAUUACAUACAUAAUACACAUAAAUACAAUCAAAGUUAAUCAGCAUAUAACGAUAACAGUGUUUUUGUUUAAAUUAGGGUUGCUAAUCUUAUGAAGAUAAAUGUCAAGGUCGUCGUACAAAGUGCUAUUGUGUAAUCUAAAACAGCUAAAUUGUUGCUUUUGUUCUUUGUACUUUGUACUUUGUGUAAUAUUGGUAAAAAAUAUCGAAAUUUAAAAGUUAAUUAUUUCCUGUAGAUUAAAGUAAAUUUUUUUUUUGUGGAUAUAUUUAAUCUCAUUGACUUAUUAGUGAUGGUGUGAUGUUCUAACCAAGAAUUCUGUUUUUCGGACGCGGGGACUUUAUCCAACAGUGCAAGAAUACUAAAAAGUUUUUUCAUAACUUUUGUACCACCAUUCAUUUAUUUUCACAUAUUUCUAGUCGUUCUUUACUGCACUUCAUACGUUUAAAGUGUUUAUAAAACCUAUAAAGUGAUGGGUUUUGAGCAAUAAUAUAAUUUUAAAAAAUAUCAAUAAACGCAUACACAUGCAAUAAACAUUAUUUUAGUUAAUGAAUUUUACACAAUAUUAUGAAUAGUAAAUCUUUUUUAUGCAUUGUCAGAGAUAACAUUAUGUUACGAAUUUUAUUCCAAAACAACUGCUGUGUCAUUCAUUAUUAUAAAUUAAUAAGUGUAAAUUGAAUGUUGUAAAAAUUAUCUUAUCAAUACCUUCUUCCUAUUUACUUGUGAAUGACUCACGAAUUUUGUCUCAAAUUAGAAAAAUUCUAUUCUACCUAUACACUCUUUUGUGUGCACUUUUUAACUGUACCUUUUUUAUUGUACUUUUAAAAUAAUCAAUGAUGUUCCGUAUUCAUUUUUUUUUUUGGAAAUUAUGUACAAAGAUUUACCAUGGUAAAGGUCAAAAAUAAUCUUGACGUUAUUUUUUAGUUGUCUGUUUUGUUUCGUAAAAAUUAAAUUGUCAUUUGCUUGAUUAAUUGUGUACAAAAACAUACGAUUGAGUUUUUAAAAGUCAUCUUUUGUAUUUGUUAUGUUAGGCUAUUAGGUUAUUCACUACACUCACUCAACAUAAAUCGUCUGCUGUCAGAAGUCACGUUAAGAAUAACCUGAUAAACUUGUGAAAGGUAGCAUUUUCUAAAUAUAAAUUUAUCAAAUUAUGCAAACGCCAAUAUUUAUCGCCUGAAAGCAUUACGUUUAUUUGUUAACAUUUGCGUUAGUUGUUAUUUGUUUGUAUUCAACAAUUAAUAUGUUUUCGAUGUCUGUUGACAUUAAAUUAAAAAAGUGGAUCUGUUAGUUUUAAAAUAAGCUUUUUAUACAUUUUGUUGGUGUAAUUGUGGUUUUUAUGAUAAAAGGGAAGGGAUCAUGGUUUCCGUACACUUCUCGUAUACCAAUCCGAUAGCUUUAAAGUUACUGUUAACUAAAAUUCUAGUUUUACGUUUCAGUAAGGAGAUGAUGAUUUUGUGGUACCUUUGGAUUUUAAAUCCUAGGAUUUAUAGGCCAUUACAUGGCAGAGAAAGUUCAGUGUACAAAAAUUGUUGGUAUCUCCAGGUGAUUUUUGGUCAAAAUAAAUUUUAAUACAGCAUUUUUAAUAAAACUAUGUAUUUGUGAUACGUUUUAUAUGCAUGAUAUAUUUUCUUGCCAAUAAUUACUUCUUAUCUAAUUUUUGUUUUGUUAAAUAUAAGUAGUUGUGACUGUAUGGGAAGGGUGUUUAUAUAAAUAUAAGUUUGUUUUUA